AAAACAAAAAGGAAGAAAUGAGCUUUUCAUUUCUAAAGUGAAUCCAGGAGUAGAAAUGAUUCACGAACUCUAGGAUUACCUCCAAAAUCAAACCAAAAAUGGCCGCCUCCAAGCCUUCCUCUCGCUACGCCGCUGUUGAACCGUGCUCAUCUUCCUCAUCUCGCGGUCCCUCCCCUGCCUCCCGCCUCAAAAGCACUUCCAAGAAGCUCCCUUCCCUGAAGAAUCUGUCCUCCAAUUCAGGCAGCCGCCGCGAUCCCUCCCAUCCGACCGCUGCCGUUCUGACAGCUGAUAACUCGUCCCGCGUGCUCGCGAAGAAGAAUCCGCUGACAUUCGGCACCAUCGUCAAGAAUUUUAUGGAGAAGCGCUCCAAUUCGAAGUGUGGAUCGGCGAAGGGGACGGAGCUCGUGAUUCCGCCUGAUACUAUUGCGGAAGAUUUGAAGAAGGCAACGGGUAAGGGAUCCGGCAGCGGCUUCUCGAGUCUCCACCGUAAGCUGUUCAAUAGGUCGGGAUCAUUAGAUCGAACGCCGAAAAAUGCAUUGACGGAGGUUAAUAACAAUACGCGCACGCUGGGGAUGGUGCUCCGCAGCGAGAGGGAGCUUAUGAGCCAGAAUAAGGAGUACGAGAAAGUGAUUGCAGAUCUGCGGCUUCUUGUGGAAGAGAAGAAUCUGGAGGUGGAUAAACUGAAGGAUCUAUGCCUGAAGCAAAGGGAGGAGAUAAAGGCAUUGAAGGAUGCAGUACUUUUCCCAGAUGUUUUAAAUCCUCAGCUUCAGGAGCUGUUUGAGAGGCAAGGAUCAGAGUUUAAGGAGGCUAGAAAAAUCAUACCUUGUCUCCAGAAGCAGGUUUCGUCUCUUACGGGGAAGAUCCAAUGCCUCGCAGUGGAUCUUGCAGAGGUAAAGGCAGAUAAGUAUGUUGCGAAGAAUUGCUUUGAUAGGCUUGCCAAUUCUCCAACAACUCCUGAAUACGAAAAGGAGUUCUCUGAUGCUUUGGAAUAUAACUCUUGUGAUCCUCUAAGAAUAGAUGACAUAAAUCCAUGUCUGACUCCCUGCUUUUCUAAAGUAAAAUCCAAGGGCUAUAGAGAAGUGGGCUACAAUUCCCCUGGCAGAAAUAGACACUUUGAAGAUAAUAGUGAUUUGGAAGUGCUUACAGAUUCCUAUGGUGGGAUGCUCUCAAGGAGCUCGGAGCACUACCAGAAGCAAAGCAUGGGUAUAAAUUCAUCAAGGAAAAUAUGCAUGUCUGACGAAAGCAAAUGGCGAUUUGGAAAGCAGAAGCCUCAAAAUCUGUUUUGAAUUACUUGCUACGUUAUAAACUGUGAGUAAUGUUGGCUUUCUAGUCCUAUGAAUUUCUUUUCUUUCUUUUGAAGUUUUCUUUUCUCCUCCGUGAGAUGUGUGCAUGCCAUGAAACUGAUAUAAGUUACAACUUGUAUUCAUAUAAAUAGUUUGCAUGCAAAUAUGGUUAAUUG